UUAAUCUUCCUUGGAAUUUGCUCUUUUGUUUGGUGUACUGGUAUCAUUGCCUUGUUGUCAGCGUAUUCAAGAACAGUUCCAAAAUCAAGUCGGUUAAUAGUAUUUGAUAAGUAUUUCCCAACCCUUAGGGUUAAGUGUUUUUUCCCAAUAUAUAACUUGGGGUGGGUGGUGUGACUUCUGAUUUGAAUCUGGUCUUGGUUGGGGUUUUGUUUAAAUCUUGUUUGCUGAGUUGUUGUUGAUCGAUUGGGGAAUUCUUGGGGAAGUUCAAGAAAGUUUGCUUUUUUAGAUGAUGGGAAGUUCUUGAAUGUUAAGGUCAGUGCUUAAAAAACUGUUCUUUGGGCAUGUUUGUUUCUCUUUCUUAUUUAUCUUAUUUGAUUUUUAAGUAGUUGGGCAUGAACUAAAUAUUCAUGUGGGUAAUUGCAGGUGUGUAAAGUGUUUAGAUUGUUGAUUGGGAAGUUGGUAGUGGAAUAUUGGUGGGAAUAGGAUGAUUUUGAUUUUCAGAUAUUGGAUUCUUGGACUGCAAAUAGUGGAAGAGUAUAGGGAAUCUGAUACAAGCUUGAGUGAUUUGAGUGUUCUCUAGCAUUUGGUUGAUUUAUUGUAGUUUUUUUUUUUUGCUAUUUUGGUUUUAAAUGGAGAGGGGAGUUGAUUUUUGGGCCUCUCCUAAAGGUCAAGUGGAGGGCGUUGCCUCGUUUGAUGCUAGUUCAAGGUCUUCAAAUGUUGAUUCAUUCAACAAUGUUAUGGAAAUUAUGAAUCUUGAUGCUUAUGCUGGAUGGUGCACUAGCCCUAGUGCAGCAGAGCACAUGAUAGCCUCAUAUGCCGCAUUUUCGCCAAUUAAUCACAUGUCUCAAAGUUACGCACCAUUUGAAGGAAUGAGUUAUACAGAACAAAAUACUGGAGCAUUUCCUCCAAUGGACGCCAAUAUGGUGGCAAGUAAUCAUGAUGGAGGAGAGAAAAUGAUGUUUGGGCAAAAUGAUGACCACUUACAUUUUAUGGUAGAUUCAGUUGAUGGGGAGGAUGGUUUGGUAGCUAAAAAAAGUAGAAGAUCAAGCCAACAGUCUGACAGUGCGGAUAUUGGCAACUCUAUGAUCCUCAGGUCACCUUCUCAACCACUUGCUGAGAGAAUGCUUAGGGCAUUGGCAAUGUUUAAAGAGUCAUCUGCUGCAGGAAUUUUGGCUCAAGUUUGGAUUCCAAUGAAGAAUGGUGAUCAGUACAUCUUGAGCACAUGUGAACAGCCAUAUCUUCUUGAUCAGGUGCUUUCUGGCUAUCGGGAGGUCUCCAGGAAGUUCACUUUUGAUACAGAAAUAAAACCAGGAGCAAUCCCAGGUCUUCCUGGUCGGGUGUUUAGUUCAAGAAUUCCAGAGUGGACGUCAAAUGUUCUGUACUACAAGGAGGCUGAAUACUUACGUGUACAAUAUGCUGUUGACCAUGAAGUUCGUGGAUCUAUUGCUUUACCUGUCUUUGAGGAUGAUGCCUGUGAAACUCCAUGUUGUGCAGUAUUGGAACUCGUUACAAUGAAGGAGAAACCUAAUUUUGAUUUGGAAAUGGAUAAUGUUUGCCAGGCUCUCCAGGCUGUGAAUUUAAGGAGUAUCGCGUCUCCUCGACUUCAUUCUCAGAAUCUCUCAAAUAACCAAAGAGAUGCUUUAGCUGAGAUAACAGAUGUUCUGCGAGCAGUUUGCCAUGCACAUAAGCUGCCUCUUGCUCUGACAUGGAUUCCCUGUAAUGUCACUGAAGGAGAAGGAGAUGAACCCAUCAGAGUGCGUGCUAGAGGAUGUAAUACAAGUUUAAAUGAAAAAUGUGUGUUAUGUGUUGAGGAUACAGCUUGUUAUGUGAGUGACAAGGAAAUGCAAGGAUUUGUACAUGCAUGUAAGGAACAUUUUCUCGAGGAAGGUGAAGGUAUUGUUGGGAAAGCUCUGCAAUCUAACCAUCCCUUCUUCUACCCUGAUGUGAAGGAGUAUCAUAUAAGUGAGUACCCACUUGUGCAUCAUGCACGGAAGUUUGGUCUAAAUGCUGCUGUGGCUAUCAGAUUACGUAGUACAUUCACCGGCAAUGACGAUUACAUAUUGGAGUUCUUUCUUCCUACAAGUAUGAAGGGAAGUACCGAGCAACAGCUUCUCUUGAAUAACCUUUCAGGUACCAUGCAAAGAAUUUGCAAAAGUUUGAGAACAGUAGCAGAUGCGGAAUUGGUUGGACAAGGUGCUAAGUUUGGGUUACAGGAUGGAUCUGUUCCAAAUUUACCACCGAUUGCAUUGUCUAGGAAGAACUCUCAGCACUCAUUGGACAGUAAUUCAAAUUCUGUAAACGGGGCUCCUUUAGGUGCCUGUGAUUCAAAGAGUGCUGGAACGCAUGCUGAUGAUUCUCGUGAACAGACAAUGACUGGAUCAAGAAGACAGAUUGAGAAAAAACGAAGUACAGCAGAAAAACAUGUCAGCUUAAGUGUUCUUCAGCAAUACUUCUCUGGGAGCUUGAAGGAUGCUGCAAAAAGCAUUGGUGUGUGUCCAACUACCUUGAAAAGGAUAUGCCGACAACAUGGGAUAUCUAGAUGGCCAUCCCGGAAGAUAAACAAAGUCAACCGGUCUUUGAAAAAGAUACAAACAGUGCUUGAAUCUGUCCAAGGGGUAGAAGGGGGAUUGAAGUUCGAUCCAGCAACUGGAGGUCUAGUUCCAGCUGGCUCAAUUAUCCAAGAUUUCAAUGCACAGAAAAGCAUAUUUUUCCCAUUCAAAGAUGUCUCUGUCAAAAAUCCUACUUCUGUUUUCCAGGAUGCUGCUGUACCCUCAUCUUCAGGCAAUGACAAAGAGAAUUCUGUGGUGAAAAUGGAGGAGGACUUUUAUGCUGAUGGGAACCAACUCAGCCAAUCAAAUCAUAUCAAUACUUCCUCUUUUAAGGAAGGGACUAAAUCAAGUAUUGAAGUGUCUGGAUAUUGUUAUGAAUCUAAGUUGGCAACAUUAGAUGCAGGGUCAUCCGGACCUGCAAGUCUGAAUGCUAUGCCAUUGACUGAUUCCGGAAAUGCAUCAUUGGGAUCUUUCCUUACAAAAGAAGGAUGCAGGAGGUGGGGAUUGAACAAUGACACCUUGGACAAUUUUGACCGUCAUUUCACUUCUCGGUGCUCGUAUCCCAUGGUUGUUGGGGGUGAUGUUGACAGUAAGAUGAAAGGAGAUAAUGAAAUGGAUGGUGAUGGUAGGGUGAUUGAACAUAACCAGGCCAGUUCUUCAGCCAUGACAGAUUCAUCCAAUGGGUCUGGGUCUGGGUCGAUGAUAAAUGGCAGUUCAUCAAGCUCUCACAGUCAUGGUGCAGAGAAGCAUUCUAAAGUUGAAGUGAACUGUGGUGAUAACGGGUCAACAAUUACUGUGAAAGCUACUUACAAAGAAGAUACCAUCCGAUUUAAGUUUGACCUUUCAGCAGGGUGCUUCCAACUCUAUGAGGAUGUUGCUAAGAGGUUUAAACUACAGACGGGGACAUUCCAACUCAAGUAUCUUGAUGAUGAGGAGGAAUGGGUGAUGUUGGUAAAUGACGCAGAUUUGCAUGAGUGUCUUGAGAUACUGGAAUUUGGUGGUGGUCGUACUGUCAAGUUUCUUGUUCGCGAUACACCAUGUGCUCUGGGAAGCUCAGGCAGCAGUAACUGUUUUUUGGCUAGUGGCUCUUAACAACCUCAUGCAGGUCCAAAAGCUUCAAUCAGGUACUUAAAAUGAUAACAAUGCCACUCAUGAUUUUGAGAGUUGCUAGUUUACACAUGAAAUACUAGUAUGUUUGGUAGAGUUUUUCCAUUCUGCCUUUGAAUAUGGUUACUCCUAGCAAGAUAUCCGAAGAAGAAAAGCAGGAGCAUAAGAAGAUUAGUAGAAGCUGCAUAGUAGUUGAAAGUUCAUUUGUCGUCUGUUUUCUAUUACGUUUGCAGGUGAGAUAGUAGAUGCACAUCUUUGUACUAGUCAGAAAUGAGUUAAAAGGAACUGUCUCAAGUGGCUUACCUACUUUGUAAAUAUGUUAGUUUAAGAGUGUUAUUUUAGGGAAUAGUCAAAGCAAUAAGUUGUACAACGUCUUUUCAAUAAGAAUAUGUAAAAUUUCUUCUUCUAAUGUUAGUUUGUCUUCUUUUGCAAAA